GUGGUGACUUCGAUAUGGGAUGAUCUAUCAGUCUUAGUUGUGAUCUACGCCUUGGGCGACGUGUAUUGAAUAAAAAUAAAAUAGUAUGGCAUCUUCAAAAUUGUUGUUGGUAUGUGCCAUUUUGGCCAUUUUCUCAGCAUCCGCUUCUGCCGGUCUGUUGGAUUCCAUCUUCCCCACAAUUAUGCAGGAACGUUAUAGCUUUGCCCCCAGCAAGGAAGGCUAUCGUUUCAACUUGGAAGAACCCGAUGGCAGCAAACGUGAAGAAAUCGGUAUGAUUAUGAAUCCCGGUACACCCGAACAGGAGUUAGUCGUUAUGGGUACCUACUCCGUUUACGAUGAAAAGACUGAUACCGAAACCAUUACCAUGUACACAGCCGACAAGGAGGGUUACAAGGCCCGCUAUAUGUUGAAGAACCGUAAAUUGAGCCCCGGUUCUUUGAAAUCUUUGUCUGGUUAA